UCUUCAUUCUUUAGAUUUCGAGCUUGAUAAACCUAAUAGCCUUCAGCUUGUGGCUUGUCCAAACCACGUGGAAAGGGCGGCUCUCCCGAGGGCGAUCUCACGAUGGUAUGGCAGCUACCAAUACGAUCCGCUUUGUCAUAUCUCAAUCUCACCCCUCCCCCUCCAGCUUCUCCAAAUUCUCUAAAGCAUCUAGAAGCUAGCAGGGAAACGAGCCCAACAUGUGUUGGCUUUAAGGAUGGAGACCUAAACUCUGUUUCUCAGCUAGAAUUAGUCCGCGGCGUUACACUUAGGCUAACAGCAAACACGCCCGCCGUUUUCGGAGUAAUUGCCCUUAUAAUGAUACCCCAUGUCGUGAAAACAAAAAAAUCAGGGCGGACACCGUUGAUAUGCUGCAGUUUUCUCAGGAUUCAGUGCUUCGUUAGCAGCAAAAGGUGGCUGAAGCAGCUUCGAAAUCCAUUGCAUACUAAGACGGAUAAAGGGCGGCUGAAACAAAAAGAACAUGGUAAGUCAGGCACCAAUAUGUCAGCUAAGAGCUCUGAAAAAGUCCGUAUACGAGCGAGCAAAUGACUCCACGCAACUUCGUUUCUGCAACUCAUACGCCUGCAGGCAAAUGUGUGCUGUCAGUAUGUCCUGCUUCGACUGAGCCAAAGUUAGCCAAGAGCGACUACUCAUUUGAGAGGCCAUGUGAGUAAGAUCUUUUCAGAGCAUAGAUACGAAAUAAUUUGUUAGCAAUGGUAAUCCGUCAUAGCAAGUGAACAUGGUUCUCAGACACGUCAAUGGAUUGCUGAGCUUGUAGUGA